CGUGACCCGUGACCAGUGACCCACGGCAGAAGCCUCUUGGGUUGAUCUAAAGCGUCUUGCUUGCAGCACAACAGCAGAAUGGCAGUGCGGUAAGAAGAUUUGGAUCAAGACUAAGUGGAAAGAGGUCAACAUGUCUCUACUCGACUACUAGCUAGUACUCAACAGAACAAGCCGACUCAUGAUGCAUAGACGAUCGAAAAGUCGUGGCAGUAGAACAUGAACAACAACACUACUGGAUCCGCCCAGGGAGAUGGAUCAAUGCAUCUCUCGAAAAGAGAAAUCAGAUGGGCCCUUGCCAUCAAGGCUGCUGUGGUGGACUCGAACAAGGCGAAGCAAGAGGAGGGAGAAGACGAGCUGAUUGAACUGACAGACUUUGAGUACUGUCAAUAUGCCCUUGUUACGAAAGGGGAUGUAGAAGAUGCACUGGAACGGAUAGAGAAGAUGCAGGCCUUUCGGGAAGAGUACCAGAUUCACGAUACCGCGGAAGAAGGAAUGGAGAUACUGCGGGCAUUUACCAUUCAGCAACCCUGGUUCAUGGUGUCUGUGGACUACAAUCCCACGAACGGACAUUUUAUCGCUGUGUAUGAUUAUGCCAAGCUCAAGCCUGCUGCUGUUGAUUACCCAGAAGAUUGGAGAAUAUGGCUGGGUGGUCUGUAUUACCUCUUUCAGAUAUGCCAGAGUAACCUGGUAGCUUGCCGAGAAGGAUUAGUGCACAUUGCAGAGUGUGAAGGAAUGUGGUACAACAACUUCAGCAUGGAUUUCAUGAGCCGUAAUUGGUAUCAUCUUAUGGGACAUUACCCUCUUAUCAACAAGGAAUGCUCCUGGCUGCAUACACCAUUAGUGGGCAACAUCCAACAUGCAUUUUACAAAUCGAUGAUGGGGAGCACCGCAGAUGUUAUUCGAGUGGGAUGCCACUUUAGUGGAUAUGAUGGACGCAUUGAUCAAAUGUUCAAAAUGCCAUCGGAAGAUAUUGCAGAAUUUAGGUUGAUGGGGCGAUAUUUGGAUUACCUCGAUGUCCGAUAUCACCACCAGAGUGUGUUCCGGCUUCCAUCCCUGGAUCCUCCUCCUCCUCCUACCAUUCCUCCUCCCCGAGCAAACAACGAGAAUGACAAUAAUCAGGAGGACGAUGUGGCAUAGUGGUGGAAAUGUUGUCAAGUAUUGCCUCCAGGUUUUUGACUGCACUCCUUCAUUAGUGGGAUCGAGUCGUGUCUGGACAUCCUGCUUUGGAGAGAAAAUUUUCUCAUUAGUUUGAACCUUGGCUGUCAUGGUUUCUUUGUGGUGUUGCCAAAGGUUAUCCGUAGUAUACCCUUAGGAAUCCAAUGUCCUUGCAUACAGUAGACCGUGUUGCCGAUGGAGCCAUUGAUUGAUCAUUCGAUUCGAUUUGAUUCGAUUCGAUUCAAUUCGACUCGAUUCGAUUCGAUUCGAUUCGACCCGAUUGAUCAUUCGAUUGGUCCUUCUUCGUCUUGCAGAGCUACUAGUCUAGCUAGCUAGUACAUCCAUGUAAUGCUAAUCGGCAAUCACGAAGCAAACAAUCUUAAAAUCACGAAGCAAACAAUGAAAACAAAUCGUGACACAUGGCAUCGUGAUCAGAAAUCCUCAAAGAAAAGCCUAGCUAGUUGGGUUAUCGUACGCGCGAAUUGGUCGGAGAACCCAAGAUUUGAAUAAUUAAAUAGUGAGACAUGGAUAUAUAUUUUCUCUUUAAGUCUCACAAUGUCUCAUGCAUAGAG